UCUCCCCAUGGGUCGAGGUUCUAUACGCCUGGGAGGGGGGAGAGGGACGAGUGUGCAGCGCUCUGUGCUCAGUUGAUGGGAGGAUCUGUUGGUAUUUAUGAGGCUGAGUUUGAUACGAAUAGGUCCCAGACUAUUCGCUUUGGGGUCUUGCAGACCCGGUAUGAGGCUGCGUUGGCGGAGCACCGAUAUGAGGACGCUGCACGGAUUUGGCUGGUGAACCAGCUAGGCGCCACGCUCUUUGCUAGCAAGAGCGGAGGCUACCAUACGACCGUCUACUGGAUAGGGAUGUUGGAGGAUCUUGGUCGAGUGUGCGAGUACGCGUGGGGCGCGAUUGCGCUCGCUACGCUAUACGACCAGCUUAGUCGAGCGUCCAGGAGGGGGACGGCCCAGAUGGGAGGUUUUAGCUCGCUCCUGCUAGGAUGGGUCUACGAGUACCUUUCUGACCGCGUCAUUAUCCGUAGGGCGGAUCCGGAGUACUCGCAGGACCAGCCUAGGGCGCGGCGGUGGGCUAUGUCCCGGGUCGGGCAUGCAGGCCUUGAUGAGAGGCGAGUCAUGCUCGAUGAGCUGACGGUGGAUGACGUUAUAUGGACCCCAUUUGAGGACCAUCGGGCUCAUCGACCACGGGAUCCGAGGGCCAUGUAUUCUGGCUACAUCCGGUCGCCAUUUGGCCGUGUUGUUCGACGGCAUCUACCAGAGAGGGUUCUGCGCCAGUUUGGCUUCAUACAGGAUGCCCCUCGACACCCCUCUGAGAUCCAGACGUCUGGGUCCCUUGCUGAGACCGCAGAUGCUGCCUUUGCUGAGUUUGCGCCGCACCUCCGCCCUCAGGGGAUCCCCGCUACAUAUCCGGGAGAGGCUGUGGAGGAUUACAUGAGGUGGUACAGCGCUGUGUCCCAUCGGUUCAUCAUCCCUGAUGAUAGGAGGGAGGAGUUCAGUGCAGUGACUGUUAUGCGUCGGGCCGUGGACUUGUUGGAGCAGUCACUCGAGGUGCCAGAUGCUCCUGCAGAGGGCACGCAUUCCCGAUCCCUCACUGAGAGGGCGCUGGAUCUUAUUAGAUCCAAUGCCUUCAUUGGUACCCAGGGGGUAGCCUUUGCUGCUGUCCGAGGAGCUAGAGCUGCAGGAGGCAGAGGUCGUGGAGACAGAGCGCGUGGAGGCAGAGGCCGUGGAGGCAGAGCCCGUGGAGAGGGUGCUCCUGCAGAGGGUGCUCCUGCAGAGGGUGCGCGUGGAGGCAGAGCCCGUGGACCUAGAGGUCGUAGAGGGGCCGGUAGGGGUCGGGGCGAGUGAUUGACUGUAUAUUUGUAUAUUUUUUUUGUAUUUUUAUAUUAUGACAUGUGACUCUUUGUAUUAGGACUCUCUUUAUAUUAAUCAUGCUUUCUAUUUUCACU